AUGACGCCCACGGACGAGUCCUGGAUGCGAGAGAUGCUCGAAGCGCCGAUGCCGUUGAUCGGCAUGUACGUCGCCUUCGCCUCACUCGCUUGCAACCUCGCAAUCGCCGCCGAUCUCAUCCACGGCUUCCGGUCAAAGAAGCUCUGGUUCCCCUCCAACUACUUCUCCCUCAACGCCACCACCCUCGCCCUCCUCUCGGUGGCCCUCAAGCUCCCCGUCGACCUCACCACCAGCAUGACCGCCGCCAUCGACCGCCUCGCCAAGAUCAGCAGCCUCGCCCUCGCCUCCACCGCCGUCGCCAACUUCGUCCCCUCCCUCGGCUCCAUGACCGACCGAGACAUUCUGGUCAACGUCACUGCGUUGACCAUCCUGAUCUUCACCGUCGUCGCCGACUUCUGCAUACAGGCCGUCGGGACGCGGUCGUGCCUCGACCACCGCCUCCUCUUUCCCGAGGAGAUCAUUGCGCUCGGCCUCAUGCUCCUCCUCGUCCUCGUCCUCGUCUCCACCGCCGUCAUGGCGCUCACAGCGAAGAAAUGCCUCGAGACUAAAUAUCAGGAGAAGCACAAUCUAGCCGUGAGCCAGGAAUAUUCCGCCGUGCAGGAGGAGGUGGUUGAGAAGAUGAGGAAUCUGGUGAAUAAGUAUUGGGUGAUGGCGGAGACGAGCAGCCCUCAGUUUGUGAUUGCUCGCUCCUCCGCCUGCGCUUCCGCAGGCGUCAUCUGCCUCGGAAACGCUCUUAUCCUGGCUGAGGCUAUUGUGCGCACUUGGGUGGCGCACAAUAGCCUCAGCCUCAGCCAGACCGGUUCCAGCUACGGCUGCUCCACGAAAUGGAUUCUAUACGUGCAGACCAUCGGAGUGAUUUUGGGCACGAUCUUGACUUUAUUCCGAUGGUUCACAGCCGUCCGAUUCAGAUGCUCUGAUCAUAGAAGCUUGCGGAUCCAAUUCACAGUCGAGGAUUACUGGAUUCGGAAGCUUCUAGACUGCCAGGAUUCUCCAAUUCAUCCACUGAUUAAGCACCAAAAUUGGAGAAGAUUUUUCUACAACGUGAGAAGAUCCGUUGUAUGUCUGAUUAUCAAAGCUCAGAUAUGCAUUGUUCUGUUUAACAAGCUCGGUUUAGUAAUCUCACGCUGCGUUAUCCAGAAAGUGAUGGCGGUUUCCGUCUGCGAAUAUUUACCAAACGUGAGGCCACAUUGUCUCCGCCUCGAGGGGGAGGCGGACUUGCCGGACUACAUGCUUCGGAGCAUCCCCAAGCAGGUGGAUAAAGUUCUAGAAGAGUCUAGAAGGAAGAGGCCUACGAACCUAAUCGAAUUUAUUCGGAAUUCAAACUUCAAAGGCGUGGUGGAGUUCGACAGCCUUGAAGUUGAAAGCAUACACACGAGGGAGCCGAAGAACUGCUGGUCUCUUGCUGUGUUCACACACGCAUCCAUUGCCGUAGCGCUGCCUCAUGUCGAAAAAAGCAAAGUCGAUCAGCUCGUGAAAGACGUAAGCGACGGCCUUCUCUUGGUGAAGACUGUGGAAGAGAGCUUUUACAGCAACGAAGAGUGGAAGAAUAUAAGGAAGGCUGCUGAUUUGUGGCUUAGAGUCGAUCUGUUUCGAAAAUGGCAGGAAAUCGACCUAGCUGAGAUCAGUGCAAACAGUCCAAACUGUAAACACGCGCUAGAGAGGCUAGCGCGUGAGAGCAAAACGGUUGCGUCUGUCUUGAAAACAGACGUGCCGGAAUGCCCUAUGUUCAACCCUGCGAACUGGGAGCCAAGCAUCAUCGCGGCGAACUCAAUGUACAGGAUCAGCACCACGAUUUUGAACAGCUGUGAUGAGGAGAACGCCAUCGGAGAUGGUGAGGAAUUGUUCGAUCGGUUGAGUAGGAUGAUCGCGGACAUUUUGGCGGCGUGUUUCACCAAUUUAGGGCGGGUGAUAGAGAACAAGUGUCACGUGACAGGGAUUGAGGAGAGAGAGAGGAGCGUGCGGCAGGCUGCUAUUCUGUUGGGGAGAAGUGAAGAGAUUCUCACUAUUUCAGCAAAUCGCGGUCUUCCAGCUGGAUUGAAUGCCGCUGCUGCUGCGUAUGUUGAGGAAUGGGCGAUGCUGCAGGAGAGGGAUGUGAUGAGUUAG